AUGGAAAAAAUCUUAAUCCUAGCGAUACUUUUAACAUUCCUUGCCGUCGUCGUGGAGGAAACUUGUGCGGAAGGAAAGCUGAAAAUUGGAAUCAAGAAGCGUGUGGAAAAUUGCGUGCAGAAGACGAAGAAAGGUGAUCUUGUUCACAUGCACUACACCGGCACCCUGGAGGAUGGUACAGUGUUUGACAGCAGCGUGGAUCGAGGGCAGUACUUUACAUUUACUUUGGGUGCCGGCCAGGUCAUUAAAGGCUGGGAUCAGGGACUUCUGGGUAUGUGCGAAGGAGAAAAGCGACGUCUCGUAAUCCCUCCGGAACUGGCUUAUGGGAAAAGGGCAAUGGGCGAUAAAAUUCCUGCGGAUUCAACACUCAUCUUUGAAGUUGAACUUUUCAAGAUUGAACGGAAGCAGGAACUGUAGCUGAGAAUGUCCAAAUAAAAGGAAAUUGUGAAGAUUUAAA